AUGAGUAAUGGUGAAGUAGUAGACCGAAGAUGGUUAGUUUAUUCGAAAACUAUGGACCGUGUUUAUUAUUAUGUAUGUAAACUAUUUGAACCAACAUUAAACACUUGUUUGGCCAAUGUUGGUUGCGAUGAUUGGGGGCAUUUGUCUAAUAUAUUAAAAACCCAUGAAAGAAAUAAAAACCACUAUAUUAACACCACGAAAUGGUUUGAAAUAAAAAAUAAUCUGUCUUUAUCCAACACAUUGGAUAAUGAGUUUUUAGCAAUUUUUGAAAAAGAAAAACAACACUGGCGAAAUGUUUUGAUUAGGAUCGUUGCAGCUAUUAAAUUUUUAUGUAAACGUUCGCUGGCUUUCCGUGGUAAAUCUGAUAUAAUUUUAACUAAGAACAAUGGAAACUUCCUCGGGCUUAUAGAAAUGCUUGCCGAAUUUGAUCCUACUAUGAUUGAACAUAUCAGUAGAAUUAAAAACAAAGAAACUCAUGACCAUUACUUAAGUCACCAAAUUCAGGACAAAUUGAUACAAAUUU